AUGUCUCACAUCUUACAUCGAGACAAAAGAAAUAUCAACUUAAAAGAUUUGCUUUUUAAAUGGAUUUUUCCGGAACCCUUUGAAGAUUACGAUGAUGUUACAGCAGAUUCGAGCAACAAAACAACUGGUAAGAAAUUAUACAAACUGGAAUCAAUUAAUGUUUAUCCUCUUAUCAUCUCAAUGCUGUGCUGUGAAACCUGCUGUAGGAGGCAAAUAAGCGAAUUAAAAAAGCGUAGACGAAUCUCAGACUCGUUGACAUCUUUCUUGAAGUGGUCCACGCAUUCUCACAUGAAUGAAGGCUACCCAUUCGGUGUUCUGCACAGAUCCUUUAGUUAUGAUGGUCUGCUGCAUGCUGGAAGGUUGUUGUUGUUGUCCAACAAUGAUGCCCACCUGGAUUACGAACUCAACGAAGGUCAAGGCUACGUUAGGGAGGAGCAUUCGAAACAUGCAGAUGACGAAAUGUGCCGGUCGAAAACAGCUGACGUUAAAGACAAUUUAAUGAAAGAUUUGACCAUAUAUGUUGAAACUUCUAAGACACUUACUUUGGUAGAUAUUGCGGAACAACUAUCUGUUUGCUACCUUGCCUGUCAAUUUCUAUCGCAUUAUGAUGACUGCAAAUUGCAAGAAUUGGAUGAACUUCAUUUAAAACUUAAGAAAUGUGAAACAUUGUUGCAUGACAAGAUAGAAUCAUUUAUAGAUGACUCCAAUGCUGAUGAGUUCAUGGAAAUACUAGUCCCAUUCUUGGAGGAUGAUAACAAAUUUUUCAAUAAAUGUUCCAACAUCUGCUUAGAUUUUAUUUUCACCGUUGUGCCCUUUCAACUUUUUAAAUCAUCCAUCAACUUUUUGCAAAAGUUGUUGGAGCUCAACGUUGAGUCCUCGGUGGCCAAUCAAAGUGGUGACGAUGACGAAAUUAGCGACAGCAUGUUUUCGCUUGACAGCAGCACUGGUAAUAAUUGCUUUUAA